UGCUUCUUCACAAAUCACUCACUUCCUUAGCUUCUUAUAAUUAAUUGGUAGCUUAAAUCUAUAAAAAUUUAUAAUAUGGCUACCUUUAUUAAACUAUUUGUCACACUCUCUAUGCUUUCUCUCUUAGCUUGUUCUACCAAUGCACAACUUGUUAAUAACUUCUAUGGCAAAACUUGUCCAAGCCUUCAAACCAUUGUUCGUACUGAAAUGACCAAAGCUAUAAAAAAUGAAGCUCGGAUUGGUGCUUCUAUACUUCGUUUGUUCUUCCAUGAUUGCUUCGUCAAUGGAUGCGAUGGAUCAAUCUUAUUGGAUGACACUUCCACGUUCACCGGCGAGAAAAAUGCAGCACCAAACAAAAAUUCAGCUAGGGGUUUUGAAGUGAUUGAUACAAUUAAAACUAGUGUUGAAGCUUCUUGCAAUGCUACCGUAUCUUGUGCUGAUAUUCUUGCACUUGCAACAAGAGAUGGAGUUUUUCUGCUUGGAGGACCAACAUGGGAAGUACCACUAGGAAGAAGAGACGCAAGAACAGCAAGUCAAAGUGCAGCCAACAGCCAAAUCCCAUCACCAUUUUCUGACCUCUCAACACUCACUACAAUGUUUCAAAACAAAGGUCUAACAGCAAGUGAUCUCACUGUCCUUUCUGGUGCACACACCAUAGGACAAGGAGAAUGUCAAUUUUUCCGAACUCGAAUUUACAACGAAACCAACAUUGAAACAACCUUUGCAACUUCAAGAAAAGCAAAUUGUCCUGUUUCUGGUGGUGACACUAAUUUAGCACCUCUUGAUACUCUUACUCCAACUAGUUUUGACAACAAUUACUAUAAAGACCUUGUUGCUAGUAAAGGUCUUUUCCAUUCUGAUCAAGUUCUUUUCAAUAAUGGAUCUCAAGAUAGUUUGGUUAGCACUUAUAGUACCAAUGGUGCUAAGUUUUCUAGUGACUUUGCUCUUGCUAUGAUCAAAUUGAGUAAAAUUAGUCCUCUCACCGGGACUAAUGGAGAGAUUAGAAAGAAUUGUAGGCUUGUUAAUUAAUUGGUCAUGAAUUGGAGGGCAUAAUAGCAAUCGAAUAAAUAUAUUUUGGUGAAGAUUUUUGAGAGAUUGAUUAGUAUAGGGUCUAAGUCAUAAUGGUUGACUAGAUCUUGGAUACUUUGGCAAUUGUAGUAUAUUGUUGUUGCAUUUUUAUUUUGAUAAUUUGAAUGUUUGUAUUUCCACAAAUAGAUGAAAGUUGUUAUCUAUAAGUUGUUUGUUUUACUUUAAGAAAUGAAUGGAUCAAAGUAAUUUUAUGUUA